AUGUCCGUGUCUCCAUGUACCUUGGCGGGCCACCGCCGAUCACUGUCGCCGCCAUGCCCAACCACACCCGGGCAGGGCCGCCUCCCCCUCCUGGAUAGUGUCCGCCUUUCCACAUGCAGUCAAGCAGACCUCGACGACCUCGUGGGUCAAUUGGGCGCUUGUCGCAUCGGAUCUUCCAGAGAACAUAAAGAGCUUAAGCUGAGGAAGAUUGCCAAAUCUCCAGGUGAGUACGGCCUCCGCACGCUGGAAUGGCUGAAAGCCGCCGCCCUCACCCUCGACGUCCACGUCGCCGGCACAACGAAAGCGGCCUAUGUCCAGGCUCUGUCACAACACGACUACUUGACUCAGCUUCGCCACAGGGGACCUCGUCUCUCCUCCGCCCCGGCCCCAAGCCCAGCGCCAUAUGCCCGACCUAGCUCCCCCCAGCGCGCGGCUUCCCACCCUUUGCACGAGUACCGGACGGCCCCUCCCCCACCAGCGCCUCCUGUCGCCAUCCCUUUUGAGCCGCCAACCGCCUCCCUAGACACUCGCCGUCCCGCCGCCCGAUACGACCCUCUUCAGCAGGACGCGACGGCGUGUCAGAGCCUACUACUCCUGAAGAACCUCCAGCGCGAGAUCGAAAGACUCCACGCCUACGUCCAGGCCAAUCCGCGGUCCACGUGCCUUCUGGUGACAGAGGGACUCGACAACCUGUGUCUUCAGCUCCGAAACAGCCCUGGGAGGUGGCUCUGCGAACGAGCCUCCCCGAGCCAACCCCCCCAGCGCGGCGAUGACCUCGACGACGACAACCACCCCUUCUCUAGCACGGCCAGGCCGCCUCAUCUGGUCAGAGGGCCAGUUUCAUCGACGAGACACAUCCACAACGACACUGGACCCAGCCAACAGCCUCCGGCGCCCAUCCCACAGCACUCAGUCCCCUAUUUCGACCCAGUCUCGAUAGUGGCGGCUACGGUCCCAUCGCGUCACGCGGAUCUGGCCACCCUACCGGCGGUCCUGGGUCCAACGACCCUGGUCGAGAUGGUGGCCCCCAUGACUACACCAUCCGUACCAGCCACCAGCUACGGAACGCCCUGGCCAGUCUACCGACGACCCACGAGGACCCGAGGUACGGCAACUCCAGCCCCUCGGCACACGAGUCUCUCACCCUCCCACCCAUCUUACCUGCCGUUGUAG